CCUUCUCUCUCUCUCUCUUACUCCCUCAAUUCUUUUUAUGGUUUUGAUUUUUCCUCUUUUUCCAUCUCUUUCUCCCCUUGCCUAAGAUAAAUACUUUUUUUGCUUUCCCACCCUCUCCUUCAGAUCCCUUGAGCCCUUGGUUGGGCUAGGUGGGGAGUUUGGGGGUGGAAAUAGACCUGAGAAUAGAUUUAUCAGCAGGGAACAGAGGUCUAGUACAGUGUGGGGCUUACAUGGGAGGUGAUACUGGGGUAGGAAUAAGGAAACCCAUUCUAGGGUUGCCAGGAGUGUCUGAGGGAGGCAUUAACAAGAAGAAUUUGAAAGUGGUAAGGUGAAAUGGGGUUUCUUCUCUGAAAAAUCCUAAAAAAGAAGGUCACCAGUAGGGAAGAAUUGAAAAGGGAGAUGACCAAAAGUGGUUAAGGAUUUGGAGGGAACAAGGAAAAGGAAUAAAAAUUUGCUCCAAUUUCUUGGGGGCAUUUGGUGCCAAACAAGUUGGGGGCAGGGAGCCUAUGCCCUUCCAUUGACACCCCAAAUCUAGACUUCUCAUCCAGUCUCCCCAACGUUUGACCUAGAAUUUUCCUCCCUCCUCAUAGACCUUCACCAUACAUACCUCCUGGUCCCCAGCCUAAUCCUUUUGAUCCCUCAUUUUCUCUGGACAGUCAUACACCCAGAUCUUAGGGACCUUGACCCUGAAACCCAGUAGAUAUGCCUCCAGCAUUGGGGCACAAGAAAGGGGCUGGUGUGGACCUGGGGUAUCCCAUGAUUCAGCCAUGGACUCUACCACCUGCCCCCCAAUUUUCCCCUAAGUCUUCACCUCUCUCCUGCCCCCCUUGCCCACAAACUCCCUGCCAUAGCAGCUCUGUACACAUUUUUAAACCUGGCAAAAGAUGAUGAAGAGAAUUAUUGUAAAUAUAAAAGUUUAACUGUUAGUCAUGCCUGCUGUGGGGGACUGGUGCACAUAUGGGUCUCUGAGGGAGAUUGGUUUGGGGAGUGGGACUGAGUUUUCUAUUGAGGGAAAUAUACACAGCAGAGGAGGGAAUUGAAGGAAGUAGGUAUCCAACCUUCACCUCCACCUACCUCCAACAAACACAAAAAUAGUCAGAAAAUCCAGUUUCACAGAAUGUCAAGAGUCAGAAGGGAACUCAGAGGCCAUCUAGUCUAACUCCUGGACUACGGACGGCAUCCUUUGGAUGAUGUACCUGACAAGGUUAGUUGUCCAGCUUCUUCCUUGAAGGCCUCCAAGUAAGAGGGAACUGAUCGUUUCUUAUGGCAACCUAAUCCAUUUCUGAUAACCCCAAUUGUUAUCUUUGUAACAAACCUAAAUUUUCCUACAAUUGCCACCUAUUUUCUCCUAGCUCUCCCCUCUAGAGCCAAGAGAAAUAAAUAUUCCUCAGUUACUGGAGAGACAUGAAGACAGCUAGUAGCUUUCUCCAGUCUUCACAUCUUCAGGCCAAAUUGCCUCAGUCCCUUCAAAUAAUCUUUAUAUAGUCCUUGAACCAUCCUCCUCUGGACCCAAUUCAACUUAUUAUUGUCCUUAGAAAGCACAGAAUCUCUAAAUUGGAAGGGACCUUAGCGAUCAACUAGUCUAACACAUACCUGAGUAAGUAGAAAUUGUUUACAGUAGCCCUCUUGCCAAUCAAUAGAAUUUUCCUCUGCCACUUAUGUGGUGGGAGACAGGGGAGCUAGGACAGUUAGGAUGGCAUCAGUCAGUGCAAACCUAAUGCUGUGAAGGGGACAGAGUCCUCAUCAAGAGAAGAUCCAGUCCAGGAGAUAGAACCCUCCUCCUACCCAAAAGGAAGGGAGCCAGCUAAGAGCCUUUAGCUGUAUCCAAAUGACUGCAAACCAUCAUGCAGAGGCUAAGAAAGCAAGGGAAAAGAGAGAUUGGAGCUCAGUGAAGUUAAUCAAAGGAGCUUCCUGAAAAGGGGGGGAUGUUGAAAGUGUGAGGGUCAUGUCUAUAGAUUAAGAUUGGCCUACUUGAAGGCUUGAAAGAGGGAAAAGGUGAGGCAAGAAUGAGUCGUGUCUGGGGAACAUUUAGCCUAGCUGGAGCCACAGCAGAAACCUAGUGGUGGGGGAAGCCAUUAAUACCUUGGUAGCCUGCUUAUAUUGUGAUGCCUUCAUCUCAUUGUGACUCAUCUCUUCCCUAUACCUGCUUGCUUCCAGAACAAGUUCAUAGUAGGGUGGGGGUUGGGGGGGCCCCAGGUGGCCCUGGGACCCCCCAUCAUGGGUGACACUUUCCAGCAAGGGACCCAUUCCUGUUCAGGUCCUGGCCCUGAGGACUGCCAGAACCUAGGCGAAUAUAUCUUGCUCUUUCUGGGCUUCAUCAUCUUCAUCAACAUUGGAAUCAAUGUGGUGACUCUGCUCCAGUACCGCUUUCAGGGCUCUCUGAACCAAAUAUUCCAUAAAUUUUUUCAGGAAGAUAACAUGCUCGAGCUGGCCCCAAUCAUUCCCAAGAAUCUGCUUAUCCACAGGCCUCCAGCACUGAAGCAGAGAUGGAGACCUCCUGUCUAUCAGGACUCUCCUGUCUGUAGAAACCCUCCUAACUGUCAAAAUCCUACUGUCUGUUGGAAAGUUCCUGUCUGUCAGAACCAUUCUGUCUGUCGGAACCCUGCUGCCUCUGAGAACUCUGCUGAUUGUCGGAACCCUACUGUCUGUCAGAACCCAGAGGUCUGUGACCUCUGCACUAUGGACUCUGUGACUCUUGAUCUGACCCCACCAGGCUCCUGCCAUCGACACUCAGUUUUCUCACCAGAACGUAACCAAUGUCCAGAUGCUAGGCUUCCCAAUGGAGAUGACAAUGUUUCCCAGUAUCGGCACCCUGGCAAUUCCCCUGACAAUUGUCAAUAUGACCGGAACUCUCCAAGGCCUCAGGCAUACUUGAAAGGGUUAUCAGCUUGUCUGCCAUUCUCUGGGUUCCGUUUCCAACAGUACCUGGGAAGAUCAGCCAAGAGAGUGGAAGCAAAAGCCAAGAUGGAGUUUGAAGCUUGUGUGUACCCCAUUAACCCCUCAACACAUAAUGCUGAGACUCAGAGCUGCAAAGAGAGUACAGAACCAGGCAUGUAUGGAUAUUCCCCCCAGUAUCUCCAUCGGGUUACAGUCAGCCCUCUAAGCUGCAAUCCCAUGCCCUCCACAAACCACGUAAUGUACAACGGCUGGAAAAAGAAGAGGCACGUAUCAAGUAGGGGUGUUGACAGCUUGCCCCAUGCAUGCCCCCCAGACUGUCUUGAAAAGCCAAGCCAGGACUGGGUAUACUACUCCCUGGAGGAGUGGUAGUGGAGAAUAAUAAAAUGGAAAAAUAAGGGGUAGCUUGCAGUUGGUGUCUGGGAUUCCCCUAAUCCUAGAUACGAAAGGUGAUAGAGCCUACUACCCAUUCAAAGUUUAUGUGGUAUUUUAUAGCUUGCAGAGUGCUUUCUUCACACCAACCCUAUGAGGGGGAGAAGUAGAAGGAUAAUUAUCCUUAUUUUACUGAUCAGGAAAGCUGAAGUUGAGUAGCUAAAGACAUGGAGCUGAUUUGUCUAAGGUAAUAAAGCCAGUUAGUAGCAGAAUGAGCCUCAAACCUAGAUCUCCCAAUCCAAUCACAUUUCUCUUCCUAUUAGACCAUGCUGCCU